AUGUCUCGCGAGGAGUACCAAGUCCCCACCGGCUCCGGCUCGUCAAUCGGCGUCGGCGGCUCAUCCAGCGCCCCCGCGGCGCGCGACUACGCCAGCGAGGGCGGCGGCACGAUGCACUACAUCUGCGGCGACUGCUCGUCACGGGUACCGCUGGAGAAGGGCACAGGGAUCCGCUGCCAAAAGUGCGGCGCGCGCGUGCUGUACAAGGAACGGACAAAGAGAAUGGUGCAGUUCGAAGCGCGUUGA